GCGUCGCUGUUCCUCAGGUGCCAGCAUGGAAGGACUGAGGAGCGCUCCCAAGGCGGGGACGGCGGCCCCUUCGGAACCAAGUCCCGGGGAGCUCCUGGGAGACGAUUGUUAUGCAGACUUUUUGCGGGAAGACUUUGAUGUAAAGGCAUAUACAUCUCAAUCGAUUCAUCAAGCUAUUAUUGCUGAACAAUUAGCAAAGCUUGCUCAAGGGAUCAGCCAGUUAGAUAAAGAGCUCCACUUGCAAGUAGUUGCAAGGCACGAGGACUUGCUGGCACAAGCAACUGGCAUAGAAUCUUUGGAAGGUGUUCUUGAAAUGAUGCAGACCAGAAUUAGUGCCCUGCAAAGUACUGUUGACAGAAUCAAAGCCAAAAUUAUUGAUCCCUACAACAAAAUCGUAUCCCGCACUGCACAGUUAGCAAGGCUACAGGCUGCUUGCGACUUGCUGCGGAGAAUAAUACGGAUCUUGUAUCUCAGCAAAAGACUUCAAGGGCAGCUGCAGGGAGGAAGCAGAGAGAUAACAAAAGCUGCUCAGAGUCUCAAUGAGCUUGAUUACCUUUCUCAAGGAAUAGAUCUUUCUGGAAUUGAAGUAAUUGAAAAUGAACUGCUUUUUAUUGCCAGAGCGCGACUUGAAGUGGAAAAUCAGGCUAAACGGUUGCUUGAACAAGGAAUAGAGACUCAGAAUCCUACUCAGGAAGGGACUGCUCUUCAAGUUUUCUAUAAUCUUGGAACUUUGAAAGAUACAAUUACUAAUGUCGUGGAAGGAUAUUGUACAUCCUUGGAGGAGAAUAUCAGCAACACUUUGGAUAUUAAGGUCUUGACUCAGCCUUCUCAGACAGUGGCUAGAGGUGGUCCUGGCCGAGCAGCUAUGCCCACACCAGGAAAUACUGCAGCUUUCCGAGCAGCUCUGUGGACCAAUAUGGAAAAACUGAUGGAUCAAAUCUGUGCAGCUUGUGGACAGGUGCAACAUCUACAGAAGGUAUUGUCUAAGAAAAGAGAUCCUGUUACACAUGUGUGUUUCAUUGAUGAAUUAGCAAAGGAUGGCCAGUCAGACAUUUUGUACACAUUUUGGACAGCAGUAACUCAAACUCUGGCCUCACAAUUUCAGAAAGCAUCUGAUACUUCCAUGUUUUUGAAACAAGCUUUUGAAGGAGAAUACCCUAAAUUACUGAGGCUAUAUAAUGAUUUCUGGAAGCGUCUUCAACAAUACAGUGAAAAUAUUCAAAGAAAUGUUAUUACAAAUGGAAGUGCAGAACAUUUAUCUGAACUUCCACAAAUAGAUGAUGAUGCACAGGACAUAUUCAUGCAAAAGAAACAAGAUUAUGACCCAGAAAAAGCUCUAAAAAAUUCUUUGCAACCUUAUGAAGCUGCCUAUUUAUCAAAAUCAUUAUCUCGGCUCUUCGAUCCUAUCAACCUUGUAUUUCCUCCUGGAGGCCGCAACCCUCCUUCAGCUGAUGAGCUUGACAGCAUUAUCAAAACCAUUGCAAGUGAGCUGAAUGUGGCAGCUGUGGAUGUAAACCUCAGCUUUGCAGUAUCAAAAAACGUGGCAAAGACCAUACAGUUAUUUGGUGUGAAGUCUGAACAACUUCUCUCUACACAGGGAGAAGCUAGCCAGGUGAUUGGCCCAUUAACUGAAGGGCAGAGAAGAAAUGUGGCUGUGGUGAAUUCGCUCUACAAGCUGCACCAGUCAGUUCUAAAAGUUAUCUCCAGCCAAAGUAUGUUUCCAACAGCUUCAGAGGAAAUUGUUACUGCAGCUUUGAAGAUAAUCCAUGAUUUAAUGGGCAAUGCUGUGCAACCUUUACUGGACUCGGUUGGAGACUCAAUAGAAGCUAUUAUCAUGACUAUGCAUCAGGAAGAUUUUUCUGGGUCUCUGCCUCCUUCAGGAAAGCCGGAUGUCCCUUGCUCCUUGUACAUGAAAGAGCUGCAGGGGUUUAUCGCCAGGGUCAUGAAUGACUACUUCAGGCACUUUGAGUGCUAUGACUUUGUCUACGAGAGCACCGAAGCCAUCGCUCAGAGGGCCAUUGAGAUUUUCAUUCGCAAUGCCAGCCUGCUCAGGCCCCUGGGUGAAGGAGGGAAAAUGCGGCUCGCGGCUGACUUUGCUCAGAUGGAGUUAGCUGUGGCACCCCUUUGCAGACGGAUCUCUGAUCUGGGAAAGUCAUACAGACUUCUAAGAUCGUUCAGACCAAUGCUUUUCCAGACCAGCGAGCUUAUUUCUAAUAGCCCGGCUGUGGGAGAUAUCAUUCCAUUCAGUACCAUCAUCCAGUUCUUAUUUACAAGGGCACCACCUGAAUUGAAAUCCCCAUUCCAGAGAGCAGACUGGACCAUUGCCCGUUAUUCCCGGUGGCUAGAUGACCAUCCAGCAGAGAAAGAUCGACUCAUUUUAAUACGAGGUGCAUUAGAAGCUUAUGUUCAAUCCGUAAGAAGCAGAGAAGGCAAAGAAUUUGCACCAGUCUAUCCUGUAAUGGUACAGCUGCUACAGAGAGCCCUGUCCGCUCUUCAGUAAACUGUUUCCUGAAAAACACUGGAAUCAUGUGAUCAACAAAUACUAUAUACUUCUCAAUUGAUAUUAGUAGUAUCUCUCUCAAACUUGCUCACACAUACAUGUUACAGCCUGUUUGACUUUCAUACUUAAAUACAUUCUGCAUAUCUCAGCUUUUUCUAAAUGAUAUUUUUAUAUUUUCUUGUUUUAAUUUAAAACCAAACAUUUCUAUUCCAAAGGCUUUUCUGCAUUUGAUAAAACAAACUAAUCCUAAAUUGACAAGAAAAAAAUGUGCAUGGAUUUACUAUUUUCUUUUCAGCAACAAUUCUAUAGCUUUAAAACAUUAUAUACACACACACACUUAUAAAAUAUUUCAUAUUACUUCAGUGUAAUAUAAUAAAUAUGUACAAUGUUAUAUUAUGAUUGGAAAUGUAAUUAAAAUAUUUCUACAUGCCCUUGUUUUUC